AGCGGAUUAUCACAUUUACGGAGUCUCCCGGUGGCCGAGAGUUGCACACACAGACCAGGCCUCUAACCACUCCAUGGGAGCCUGCGUGCCAGCAGCCUGGAGCCCAGAGCCUUUCCUGGAGCCUGCACAAUCCAGACUGAAGCCGAUGUCUUACAGAGAGCCCGAAGUGCAAUCCAAGCAGGACGCAGCUGAAUUUUGAGAGGCCUGAAUGCCUCCGCGUCCACCAGGGGACCGCUGGGACUAAUUCUCUUGGCAAACUUGUGGCCCGCCAAAACUACCAUGCUUCACAUCCCCGUUAUCCUUGGUUACCGGCCAAGAUUGGCUCACAGAAGAGAUGAAAUGUGGUCUGAGGGACGACAUGAUUAUGAAAGGCUUCCAAGAGAACGAGCACCUCCUCGAAGUCACCCCAAUGAUGGCUACCAUAGAGUAGUUAAUAUUGUGACAAAGAAACCACCACUGCUAGACAGACCGGUUGAAGGAAGCUACAAUAGAUAUUACAAUCAUGUUGGUUACCGAGACUAUGACGAGGGCCGCAGUUUUUCUCAUGAUCGAAGAAGUGGUCCACCUCACAGAGGAGAUGAACCUAGCUAUAAGUGGACAAGAGAUGAUCAUUCUGGAAGUCGUCAGCCUGAAUACAGGGAAAUGAGAGAUGGCUUCAGAAGAAAAAGUUUCCAUGCUUCCCAUUAUAUGAGAGACCGAUCUCCUCAUAAAAGAGAAACUCCUUUUCUAAGAGAAUCACCUGUAGGCAGAAAGGAUUCUCCACACAGCAGAUCUGGCUCCAGUGUCAGCAGUAGAAGCUACUCUCCAGAAAGAAGCAAAACUUACUCUUUCCAUCAGUCUCAACAUAGAAAACCUGUGCGUGCUGAUGCUUCCUACAAACGACAGAAUGAAAGAAAGCCAGAAAGAGGUAAAGAGAGACCUAUUCAGUCUUUGAAAACAUCAAGAGACACUUCACCCUCAGCAUCUUCAACAGUUCCUUCAUCAAAGGUGUUAGACAAACCCAGUAAGCUAACUCAAAAGGAACUUGCUGAGGCUGCAAGCAAGUGGGCUGCCGAAAAGCUCGAGAAGGCAGAUGAAAGUAACUUACCUGAAAUUUCUGAGUAUGAGGCUGGAUCUACAGCAACAUUGUUCAUUGACCAGCCAGAAGAACCUGAGUCAAAUGCAACAGACGGCAUAGAAUUAUAUGAAGACAGUCAGCUAAACAGUCGCUCCAAAGCAAUAGCAUCAAAAACCAAAGAGAUUGAACAGGUUUACCGACAAGACUGUGAAACUUUCGGAAUGGUUGUGAAAAUGCUGAUUGAAAAAGAUCCUUCAUUAGAAAAGUCCAUCCAGUUUGCACUGAGGCAGAAUUUACAUGAAAUAGGAGAGCGGUGUGUGGAAGAGCUCAAGCGUUUCAUUGCAGAGUAUGACCGCUCUUCUCAAGAUUUCGGAGAGCCUUUUUAGAAAUUUCUUGCUCAAGCAGAAAAAACGGUACUAGAUUCCCCCCCCAGGAUUGUGUAAAUCCUUAGUAUAUGGAUUUUUGUGAUGCAGAGAAGUACUUUAUGAUAGUUGACCACUGUUCCAAUAUCAAAUAAACAUCUAAAAUAGUCUUGAUAUUUUAAUUAGAAUUUAUCUACAUGUAGAGCCUCCUAAUCCAUUACUUAUCUUUUUCCCCCUCUAAAAUGAUGGGUCAAGUAAUGUUUCAAGUCCUGGAGAAAAGCUUUCUGUUCGUAUUCAUAUUCUGUAGUCUUCCAUAGUAUGUGAUCAUUUGUUCGGUCACACUAGUGUUAUUUUUAGAGAUCAUUCCACUUAAAAAUUUAUAAUCUUUUUGCAUUUCAUAGUCAAUGAUACCAUGUGAAAGUGUUAGAAUUCUAAGUUGUUGUCUUAUUGACUUGUUGCUUGCUUAUCUUAGGCUUUAUAAGUUUUAAUAUGUUUAAGUAUAGAUCCAAAUAAACUGAAUACCUUGGUAUCUUAGAGAAAGUUUGCUUUGAGUAUAAAUUCUCAUUGUGGUAACUAGAGCACUUAAAUCUCCUAAAAGACACCUCACAAUAAAAUCCUGUUUUCCAAGUAAAUGAACCUAAAUUAAUAUCUUCUAUUAAAAUAAUCCUGUAAUUCUUGUGUGUGUUAAACAAUACCACAUAUAGGUAAUUUGAGGGGAAAGAUGAGGGCUAUUUUAAAGCUGCGAUUUCUUUUAAAAUUUCUAAUUGAAAGAAAAAUUUAGAAUCUGAGGGAGUAGUAGAGUUUCAUUUUUUCCAUUGGCCUAUAUUCCCCCUCUCAAGAAAGAUGACUGAUAACACAUCCAUGAUUAAACCAUUUACUGAUUGUGCCUUUGUUAAUCUCUUUCUGGUCUAACAAGUUCUUUGUUCUACUGCCCUUCUAGGGUUCUUAGCCCAUCAAAAGUGUUCUUGGAAGAAACAAAGCACAGUAGGUAGUAAGCUUAGCACGGCUACCUUUCACCAAGCAGUCUGUGUAAACCAUCCUUCAUGAGCUAGCCAUCCAAAUAAUAGGUUAGUUAAAAAUCUAACGGGUGAUUAGGAUAUUCCACUCAUUUCCUGGUCACUUCCAGCUGCCCAGUGGCAUUUAGCCAAAAUAUAUAAUUUUGUGGCAUUAGUUAGGAAACCUUAAAAAAUUAUGUUUGUUAUUACUGUCCAGUGUCCUUAUCCCCCAUCCUCUUGCCGUUUCCACUCUCUUCUCACUUGAGCUCUGGCCUCAUUUUUGGUGGCCUUUAUUGAUAUUAUCUUAAUAGCUACCCCAGAGUAGAUAAAAAUUUUAUUAAAUGUGGAAAUAGCAGUAUAAACAAUUUUAGCAGAUCCUAUAAUAGGUACCAAAAUAUGUAUUAUGCCAUUCCACAAAUUUAAAAUUGAAUUGAAAGCAACAAUUAUUUUCUUAAGUUUUCUAUUUAAGACCACUUUGAAUUUCUUUGUCAUUUAGAUGUUGUACAUAAGUCGAAACUCAACCCUAUGUAUCAUCUCUGGUAUUCUUCCUCAACAUGAACAAUGAUUUUGUUUGUUACAACCACCUUGGAAAAGACUGCUUUUGUUUCUCCCCUGUUCCCAUGUUUUUCUCCUUAUAUGUUCUAGUUCCAGGAUCCAUUUUCUUUAGUCAAGAUGUCACAGAUUAAAAGAAAACAAAAAACUUGAGAAACUACUACAAAAGAGUUGUUCACUAUUUUGAAGUUCACGAAAUCAUAGAACUUUUACUCACAGAUGCAUUUAAAUGUAGAUUCAACAGAUAAUAUUUUCUUCUCCUCUUCCCCCAAAUUACACUCAACAUUUAAAGCUGUUUAUAAUAAGCUUGCCACCAGCAUUAUUCUGGUAGGCUUGUCAGUGUUAAAUCUGUCUGUGUGUGAUUUUUUUUUUAAGCUUUAAAGUCUAAUUUUAGGAUAGAUUGAUUCAGAUGUGUACCAGAGUGUGUAUUUAGCAAAAUGUUCUUUGUUUAAAAAAAUUUGUUUGUAAAUUAUCCAUUGUUUUUGAGUAUGCCCAAUUGAUGUGAUAAAGUUUUCAUUGUCUCAUAAAGCCUUGAUGAUCAAAAGGGGAAAGCAGAUAUUGUGAAGCUUUUUGUGAAUUUUAAAAGUGCAAAAUAAAGCAACCAGGUUUAAAUAA